AUGCAGCUCCGCCACUUGGAUUUGGAAAACGUCAACAUACUUCCGAAGGAACUGGGGCUGCUCGUGGAGCUAGAAGCGUUGAGCCUGUCGCACGUCAAGUGGCACGGGCCGUUGCUACAGCACGUUGAAUUCGUGACGUCUUUGACGUCUCUGGUCGUCAACAAUGGCGAGUCGGCGACGGAGGAACUGGACGUCCUGACAGACCUCCACCAUUUCCGCGCGCUGCCCAUGCUGUCCAGCCUCCAGCUGGGGGGGCCCGGGCUACUGUUCCCCCGGGCGUUCUCAGUGCCGCCCUGCCAGCUGCGGAACGUCUCCAGCCUCCACCUGGAGCGCUGCGCCUUCGAGGCGGUGCCCCAGUCCCUCCUGGCCCUGCCCUCCCUCACCAGCCUGGUGCUCAGGCACGGCCCGCUGAGCGGCCUGCCGGACUCCAUCCCCUCAAACCGCAUAAGGUGCCUGGACUUCUCGUGCAACGAGUUCACUGAGGUGCCGGCAGGCUUGGCUUCCAUGCCAGCCCUCGAGACCCUGAGCCUCAUCAGCAACCCCCUGUGCUUGUCGCAGAGCUUCGACUUCCUCGCGGGCCUCCCCAGUGUGUGCAGCAUCAGGUUUGGAUACGAGCUGGUGACGAGCGUGCACAGGGACUUGGCGGGGUUGAGGUGCAUGUCCCCCAUCGCCGGGUUCAACUUGGGCACCCUGUGGAUGGCGAUGCGGGAAAAGGUGCCGAAGUGUUCUCUGUACAUUUAG